GGAGGAAGGAGGAAGGAGACGUGUCCCACUGUCAGGUUAGGUUGAGCGGGGCAGAUGGAGGCGGACAGCACCGGCGCCAACAUGGGAGAGAAAGCAGACGUGGAAAUGGCCGAAAACCCCUUUGAAGCUUACAUCGAGUCUCUUCGCCUGCAGCUGGAGGAACAAGACCCCGUGUUUCUGAUCGCGGUCGUCGUCGCGCUGGCGGUCGUCGUCGUCACCUGCGUGUUUCUAAAGUACUUUCUCACCAGCAAAACUGUCCGAAGUGCGGUGCUGCUGGUCGGACUGUGUGACUCCGGGAAGACCCUGCUCUUCAGCCGGCUGUUGUCAGGAAAGUUCAAGCGGACACAGACCUCCAUCACUGACAGCAGUGCUCCGUAUAAAGCUAAAAAUGAUAAGGGCAGCACCUGGACUCUGAUAGAUCUGCCGGGACAUGACAGUCUUCGCCCACAGUACCUAGAGAAGUUCAAAUCUGCAGCCAGAGCGAUUGUGUUCGUGGUGGACAGCGCUAUCUUCCAGAAGGAAGUGAGAGACGUGGCAGAGUUCCUGUACAUCUUGUUGACAGACAUCGUGAUCUCCAGGAACGCCCCAGCUCUCCUGGUGGCGUGCAACAAACAAGAUAUCACAAUGGCAAAAUCAGCUAAACUCAUUCAGCAGCAGCUGGAAAAGGAAAUGAACACCUUGCGAGUGACACGCUCUGCUGCACUGAGCUCUCAGGACGGCUCUGUGGGCGGCAGCGUGUAUCUGGGGAAAAAGGGCAAGGACUUUGACUUCAGCCAGCUGCCCAUGAAGGUGGAGUUCCUUGAGUGCAGCGCCCGCGGCAGCAAGGGUGAAGACGGGGUUGCAGAUGUGGAGAGCCUGGAGAAGAGCCUGGCUAAACUAUAAAAUCAGCAACUCAACAUCCUCUGUGCAGUUUGCUUCAGAGGCACCGACCUCGGGCACCGCCUCAGUAAUCAAGAGAGAUGAUUGAUUGACAAUUGCAUCUCAGUGGAGGAUUUAUUGACAGGAGUAAGCGGUCAAACACGGUCCUAUCUGUGCUGACUGUUUGAGACAUAUUCAAUCAAAACACACCAAAAAGACUGUGAUGUAACAGUGUGUCAGGUUGCUCUGCAGUGCUGAGAAAUGUUAAUGUGCUUAUUCAGUGUAAAUCGUACUGUGAACAUCUACCUUAAAGCGCUUUAUUUGGCUUGUUAAGAAAAAUAUAUAGUUUAAAGAAUUGUGUUAAAUUUCAAAAUUUGCUGUUUAUAAUUGCAACUUAAAGAAAAGUUUUUGUCAGGCAGUCACACAUUUUCAUUUUCAUUUUGUGUCUGAUUUAUAAGCUGCCUUGUUAAGACAGAUUGGUGUGAACUGCAUUCUUGAACAGUCAGCCUUGUGCCUUUUUUUUUCUGGUAUUAUAGAAAAGUGUUUUGCUAGUUUGAAAAAGAAUGACAGUGUACCUGUUUGAAAGUGUUGCGUGAAUACAGUGCAUUUGCAAUGAA